GCUAGCUGCGUUCUGUGUUGCUGCUCAGUUUGGCCACACCGACUUGUGCAUCUAUUUUGGUAUCUUCCGAGUUUGCUAUCAGGACCCUGGCCACACCAGUGCAUUUGAACAUGGAUCUGAGGGCUUGACUCACUUUGGUGUUCUUCAGUGGAUUCUUGGCUUCUACACUGAGGAUUUGUGUUUGAUACCACUGUCUUGGACUUUUACACUCAGCAUGAAAGAUCCAUCACCAAGGAAGCUUACAUAUCCCACCACUUCACUAAAUUCCAUCUGAGCUGAAAAGAAAACCAAAGGAUCUGCAGAGCUGCAUCAACCUGGUAAAACAGGUGAUGCACAAGACAGAAACACAGUUGUUGACAUCAUGAGCUGUGUAGAAAAGCGACACAUGAGCCAUCGGAUGGGAAGCAUGCUGCACCAUCGCUUCCCCAAUGGCUUCACCGACUUGUUCAUGGAUGAGACUGAUCGCGAGGUCAGCACUCUCACUGACCGGGCCUUUCGAAGUCUCUGCGUUGGAGAUGACGCAGUUUACAAUGACGAGUUCUUGUGUGGAUACUCACCGUUUAGCUGCCGCAAGCCUUUAGCAGGGGAGCCUCUUAAAAAGACUCAUCAAAAGGAAUCUAAAAAGCAAGGACAAAUUAAAAAUGACAAAAAUUAUGCUCAGCCAUGGACACAGCAGCAACAGAAGAGUAUAUCCCACAUGUCAUCUUUCCUCAAGGCUUUAAGUGCCACAGAGAAAAGCUGUGAGGGGAUGUUAAUCAAAAAUGGAGGUAUGACAGACUCUAAGGGAGAAUCUUGGGAUAAGUCGGCACUUCGCAGCAUCCAGAGAGAGCUAUCGGAAUUCUCCUCGGAUUAUCACACCAAUCUCAAAGAUGUUGCCCUUCCCUCUGGGAAAUCCUCAAAGAUGAAAAAUCGGAAAACCACUGUCAAGCUAAGGAAACUAAACAUCAAAAACUUUUUCCUCCACAGUGAGUUUAGUCCUUUCCAAACAUGGAGAGAUUUUAACCAGUUCCCAUUUGGCCAGGAGGACACAGUUCUCCCCACAGAUAAUAUCCCUAAAUGGUAUGACAUGCCUUUUUACAAGGAACUGACAGAGGCACACAGAAAAGAGACUCUGCAUACAGAGGAGGAGCAGUCAAGCCAGAAAGUGGCUGUUGAGCCCCCUCCCCCCAUUGCUCCUAAACCCAUCCCUCCCUCUCCUCCGCCAAAAGUCCUGCCAAAGCCCUCAGCUACUCCAGCUGAGAAGAGGUGUUCAUCAGAUGGACAGGAUGGGAGCUCUGCCCCCUGGAGGCGCAACAGGUCCAGGGCAAAAAGUGUGAUUCCAGUCAAUCAGUCCGGAAUGCCACCUCAGGAAAAUAAUUCAAAAACAUUGGAUGAAAGUCUUUUUUUGGUCAAAAAGGAAGUCAAAUCUGUGGAAGUGAAAGCAGUUGAAGAGGUGAGCUCUUUGGCAUCAACUCCAUUCAGCAUCUGCCAGCUAAUGACUCCCCUCAUUCCCUCCAGACAACCAACAGAAACAUCAGAAAUCCUCCAAGGGGUCUUUUCGCCCUCUGCCCUUGACCUUCCACUAAGACCACAAUCUGAGGCCAAACUGACCCCUGAACCUCCAGUCAAGCGGGACAGCUAUAAAUCACUUGCCUCUAGCAUCCUCUUCAAUCUUAAAGACAACAGGAAAAGGGUGAAAAGCCGUUACAGUCCUCCUAAAUUUAAAGCUUUAGAGGUGCCUGGGAGUGGCACACAAUCUCCACAGUCAGAUUAUCAGAAACAUCCAUAUGCUGGCUCUGAGGGCAAUGCAUCUGGCUUAAGCACUCCUGCAAUUUUAAAAGACGGACAAACAGUUUGCUGUGCUGUUUCGGAAUGCAACAGCACCCCGAUAGUUGAUGCUACUAGGAAUGACACUGGGAGACGUCUUUCAGAGGAUUAUUUGCUAUCAAAUCUACUGCACACCAAAAGAGAAGCUGCAGGUAACAGUAGUCUUGGUGAGGAGAAUCCCAUCUCCCCUUUCAUACAGUCAAAAAAGAACAAGAGUCCCAUGGCUAAAAAGCAAAACUAUCCUUCCCUGAAUUUAUACAAGAAAGCCAGCAGCCCUGUUAACGAUGAUAUGAAAUAUCUUCAAGUUCCUCUGGACACUGGUGCUCCUACAGCCAUAGACCAAGUAAAUGAGGCAAAUGAACUUUCACCACCUACACUAAACAAAGAACUUUCUCCAAAGGCAGCGCCAACAAACACAGGGCUUUCACCAAAUACUUUAAAUGUCAACAAAGAUUGUUUGCCCAUAAUUUCACCUCAAGCACUUGAGAAAGAUGGGUUGUCAUCAAAUGUAGCAGUAGGGAAAAGACCACCAAAUCUACCAGACAAGGGAAAACAAUCUGAAAAAGACAUAAAAGAAAAAUACUUUGGAGCACAGCCCGUUAGUUUGAAGGGAAAAGAUACGCUUGGCCAAACCAUGAGCACAACUGAUGUGAUCAGAGCAGCAAGGGAAGCAAUUAAUGCAGCUAAAAGUAAAGCUCGAUCUGCAGCUCAGUCAGAUAACACCAACAAGCCCAUUUCAGACAUAGAAGAACUGAGGGAUAUAGAGAUAGACAUGAAGGCUGCCCAUUCAGAUGAAAUGUUUAGCAGCAAGAUGGAGAGUUCAGAACCAGAGAACCACACUAUAUCAUCUCAAAGUAGAAAUUCAACACUGGCUGCUAAAAAAGGGAAUGUCAAGAAAGAGCCUCCACCAGUCCCAAAGAGAAAUUUUGUUAAAUCUGAUAUUCAACUCCAUUUUGAUAAACAGCAAACACAUAAUGUUGACAAACUCAGUAACGGUAUUUCGAGUGAUGCAAAACUAGACUUACCACCAAGUGAAAAUGAAUCUGUCCAGAAACAGGGCAAAAUCAAGCAUAUAUUCUCAGCCAGACAGAACAGUUACAUCAAAUGUCAGAGAUACUCAGUGACCGAUGAUGACCAAUCAGAGGAGCUUGAUGAAGGCAAUGUGAAAGUGAACACAAGAAUGGAGACGGGUGAGGAAAUGAUGUCAGUCAGAGAAAUGAAAGAUAGUGAGCACAUAAUUAAUGAUUUGCAUGCUUUGAAAGAACUGGAGAGGGUAAGACUUGGUGAUCGUGUAUUUGAUAAUGCAAAGAACAAAUCAGGUGUUAACAUAGAUGAACAGGCAAAGGCUAAAAAUGAUUUAAUCUCCAAGGAGCUAAGGAAUAUUAAGAAGGGUAUGCUGUCUAUGAGAGGGAACACAGCAGCUAAGAGAGAACUAUUUGCAAAUAAAGAAAAGGAGCAGAACAACCAGGAUACUUUCACCAAGGUAGACAGCAAUGUUAUAGUAAACAAAGCACUUUUCAAUAACAAUUAUGACAAAGCCAAAAUGGCACUUGAAGAGAUUAUCUCAGAAAGGCAAAAGAGAAGUAAUACAUUAACGGAGCAGGAUGCAAAUUCAGUAUUUAAUGAGAGGGCCAGUGAUGAAAGUUGUGUGGCAAGGAUACAGCAACGUAAAAAAUCUGUGAAAGAUUCUAUGAUAGAGGACAAGAAAAAUGGCAGCACUCUUACACUAAAAGAGAACGACUUAAAAGACAGGUUAGGUGAUCUGAGAGACCACAAUCACAUGAGACAGAUCUUGUCACAAACUAAACCUGGACUUGUUGAAGCUCACGUCUCAGGUAUUAGGAUGGCGCUAUCUGAAGUGGACAAGAUUGGCAAUGAGUUAAAUGCGCUCCAAAAAAUUAAAGCUAAACAUGUUAAAGAUAAACUAAGUGACAAUUCCAGAUAUGAAUCAGAAGAGGUGAAUUUGAGACAUACAGAGAGACAGCUAUCUGAAGAGAGUGGAGAAAGUCUGAUGAACCAAAAUGAAGUCAAAAAUAGAGAUGCUCCUCCUGUCCCUCCCAGGAGCAAAAAGGCAGGAAACAGAAGAGAUGUAAUUGUGACUAAGGACACAGACAGUUUGAAAGAUGCAGGAGAAGACGGUAUCUUUAACAAAGAUGGAAAACAGGAAAAUGGAGAGGAACACCUAAAAGACAGCACAAGCUCCGAAAAACAAGAAGCAGAUAGUGACCUGUUUGCAAAAGAAUCUGGACACAGUCAAAGCGAAACAAGAUCCGAAAGGUGGGAUGUGGUAAAUAAUGCAAAUGUAAAGUUUGAUACUGUAACUGAUUCAGUUAUAUAUGACUCCAUUUUAGCUUCAAAAUGCCUACAGUCUGAAAAUCGAUGGUGUCGAUCACCAGAGAUUAUAGGAAAUGAAAAUAAGGCAAAUAACUUUCAAGCAGAUACGAGCCCCGCUACAGGAGCCACAUCUGAAAACAGCAAUGACAAGACACAGGAAACUUACAAAGUAAAGCGGAAAGCUCCUUUAAGACCAGACCAUCUAAACACAUCAGAUGGCAAUGUAGCUAACAAUUUGGUGGCAGAAGAACCUGACAAAAUGAAUAGAGCUAAUGAGGAAAUAAAUGCAGACGUAGAGACUCUCAGUGAAAUCCCCAGGAAUAUAAUAUCACCUUUACUAUUGGUAAAUGGUAUCAGCAUCAGUCAGAGCCCACCUGAUCAAGCCAGCUUGUCCUCUAAAUCAUCCUACUUCUCUGUGGAAAGUGCACUGCACAGAAAUACUGAGACUGAGUCAAAUGUUUACCACUCUCUGGAGAACCUGAAUGGAGAGCUGGAGGAGGUUGAUGAGGUGAAGCAGAAUAUUUCACAAAACACAAAACAGGAUUCAGACAGGACGGAAGUGGAAUAUUAUUCUUUAAGUGAUCAUGAAAGUGAGGCAGAAGUUGCAAAGCGACCAAUAAAAUUUCCUCAAAAAGAGACAGAAGUACCAUACAAGGACAGCAAGGAAACAGAAAAUGCCACUGCAGAGCAAAGAUUAAAUCACGAUGAAAAUAAUCAGGCACCACUGUCACCCUCCAACACUUUCUCCCCUUCUUCAGGGAUUCCUGCCUUAUUUAAGGUCAAGGACAACACUUUUAGCAAUAAGUUGAAGAAAACUGCACAACCCUGGUCACCAAGAGGAAGUCUGAGUGGUUCGGAGAGGGGGGAGGAUGAGUUACCUCAAAUAAAAGAAAAUCCAGAGCUCCCUCCAACAAAUGAAACUGUCACCAGUGAUAAUACACUAGUCCAUGAAGAAAUGUUCAAACCUAGAGAAAUUUCAUCAAACAGUGCACCUCACCUGCUUCAGCCUCCUUCAAAUCAGCAAAGUGAAAACUUAAAAAAGACACGAUAUGGAGGGUUACUCACUGUCCCACAGGAGGAAGACAGAUUUUCUGGAGUGAGUCUGUCAUCUGAAGGAGUAGAAAGUUUAACAACCAGCACAGCUGACACAGCUGAUGAGUUGGGAAUGAAUGUUGGAGUACUGUCAGAAUGUGAAGCAUCAAAGGUUCCUAGUGAAAGGUCUGGGUCCACCUGCAGUGGGAAUGAAAGUCAAACAGGGCUGCCCAAACCACCAGCUGUCUUACCCAAAUCUGAAAAGGCUGUUCUCAAAGCUAUUAAGCUGACAAAUAGAAGGAUGAAGAAGGAGGAGGCCCAGAAGUCUUCCCACAAAUCAUCCAGAAGCAGCAGCAAACAGAGAGCGGAUAGACACAGGAGUGACAAAUCUGAGCACAAAAGCAGCAGCAGUAGAAAUAGCAAGGGCAACGAGAAAAAGCUUGACAGAGAAAAGACUGAAGUUGGUCAUCGUUCCAGUGAAAACCAUGGUAAAAACAAUGACAACCAUAGUGAGCAUCUACUCAAUGAAAGAAGAGGCCACAGCAGCGAAAACCUCCAUCAUGACAGAGCAGACGUGGGCCACAAGACUGUGAAACAGAGCCACGAUUCAGUGGAAAGCAAUAAGCAGAAAAUUGAAGCACUACCUGUUGUUGCAACUGAAAGGCAAGGCCGCAGCAGCAACAGACACAUUCGAGAUAAGCCAGAGCGAAGAGACUACAGCAGUGACAGGGUCAUAAGUAAUGUACCUGUGUACAAAGCCCACGUCAGCGAGAGAACCACAUCGGACAGACAAUUCCACCGAUCACAAAGCAUUGAUAGGUACUUAGUAGAUAAAGUGGAGCGCAGGCUCAGUGCUGAUGCGUCAACCAAUGAGAAACUUGAUCCACGGUCCCAGCGCAUUGAGAAAUCUAUCAUGGACGAGCUUCAGCAGAGAGGCCGAUCCAGAGACAAGGCGAUCAGAGACAACCCACUAAGAAGAAGUCACAGUAUUGAUGCACACAACACUGAAGUUUCUCAUCCUUCAACCCUGUCCCGCCAGUCAAGCCACACCAGCCAACUUUCUCGCCAGUCCAGCAUUGAGCACACCAUUGUUACUCAGUCCUUUCCUAUGACCCAACGAAAGCUUCUCCAGGAUCCAGACUCUGGGCAGUACUUCUUCGUAGACAUGCCGGUACAAGUCAAAACAAAAACUUUCUUUGAUCCUGAAACAGGAAGUUAUGUGCAGCUGCCGGUUCAGCCACCAGAGGGUGCUGUUCCUCAGGCAUCCCCCUUGGAGGUUUUGACCCCACCUCUGGUUGUUUACCACGGUUUUGUCCCGGUGCCUCUAUCUCCCAUGGCUCAAAAUGCUACAAUCCAAGCCCCUCAUAUAGCACCGGAGGAGUUUGAGCAGAGACACCAAGAGAAGUCAAGGCAAAUGCACUGUAAGGACAGAAAUCCAUAUUUAGAGCCUGUCUAUGCUCAACAUGACCACAUGGUUGGGGAGUUUCUAGGCACUGAGGAGCUGGACUGUCCAAGCUGAUAGGCCAUUGAGUUUGAAAGGAAAAAUCCAACAGCAACAAAAUGGACCCAGAAAUGCAAGGUACAUUGCCAAUAUCUAUUUCAUUUUGAACAGUCUUUGUGUUUCAGGGAGGAUUUUUCCUUCAAGGCCUUUCCAUAAAUUGUCUGAACCUUGCAAUGCUUUACUUGCCUUAAUUUACAUGACUUGAGUAUGUAUGCAGGGUUGAUUUGUGUAAGAUAAUGCGCAAUUUGUGACAAAAAUGAAAGGGACAUGGAUUAUCCAUGUACAUAAUGUAUUUAAGUGUAAACAGAGAGGGUAAGCUUGAAUGUAAAUGUGGAAUAUAAAUUGUAAAUGCUGAGAGUUUGUUGUAUACAUCUGUAGUGGUAUUGGGGUCUCCACUGCUCUUCAGGUAUUGUGGCUUUUUCUUUUCUUAUGAUUGCAAAGUUAGUUGCCUUUUUUCACCGAACAGUUUGCAGUUGCUUAAGGUAUCAUUAGUGACACUUGAAACAAAUUGAAUUUAUUGAGAAAUAUGUCUUUGAUUUGUAUGUUAUUGAUCAUGUCCACACAACUAAAUUUUAAAAACCUUUAUGCAUGCUGAAGUUGAAAUUGUGGUUACACCUGCUGAAUGUGUUUGAUACAACAGAAAUUUCACUCAUACUGUCUGAGGGCUUGAACUAGCAUUGAUGCAAUUAAUGUUUUUUAAAUAUGGAGAGAACAUGCAGGAGAAUUGGUGUUGCAAGUUUGUUGCAUUGGAAUUUUUCCAAACUAGAAUAACGCAGGGCUGUAUUGUGUCUGUGAUCCAUUCCAAUAAAAAACAGCUGUUGUUACAGACUGUACUCGUAUCACUAAUUUCUCUGCAGUGUCAUUCUUAUAUAAUGAUUAUAACUGUUACUUAUUGGUGAUUCAGUGUGGUUCAAUGACAGAUAAAAGUGACAGUUUUUGUAUAAUUCUUUCAGCAUGCAGUGAAACUCCACAUGUUCACAAUCAUUAAUUAACUUCAUUAUUAAUUACAAAUGAGUGAACAUUGUACUACAAGAAGGUUUUCGAUUUGGAACAGAUUUAAAGUUGCUCUUGUUUAAGAGUUUUUUGUAUAUAUAAUAGUAAUUUCUAUCUUGCCAUCUGUUGGUCAGCAGCUGAAGUGACAGGAGUGAAGCAGAUGAGAAAAGUGAGUAACA